GGGAUACCCGAGCGGGGGCGGGGCAGCGGGGGCACCCUGCACCGCUCCGCCGCCUCACGCCGUUGCUGAUCCUCCCCACUCAGGUGACGUGAUGCCCGUUGUUUUGGUCCGCCCGACCAAUCGGACGCAGCGUCUGGAUUCUACGGGAGCCGCGAUGGGCCCUUCGUGGCGGCAGCAGGACUCUCCCCUGCCGACCAUAACGCAUUGCGCAGGGUGCACCACCGCCCGGUCCUCCUGCGGCUUUAACGGCGCCGGCAUGGACGCGCCGCGGCAGUUCCUGGCGGGGUUUGACCCCGAGCAGCAGCAGCAGCAGCAGCAGCAGCAGCAACAACAACAGCAGCAGCAGCAGCAACAGCAGCAGCAACAACAGCAGCAACAACAGCAGCAGCAGCGCCCGCCGCUGCCGCACUGUCAGCAGCGGCAGCAAAACCAGGAGAAGCAAAGCCUCCUCCAGCAACAGCAGCAGAGCCCAUGCCUCCAGUGCAACAACUGCGCCUACUACGGGGCUGCUGCGGCAGCCACGGGGGAUAACCUGCCCCUGCUGCUCCGCGCCUCCUCGCCCCUCUCGGGCGCCUUCCGGACUCACUCUUCGCCGCUGUCGUCCGCUGCCUCCUCCCGGCAGGGCAGCCAACUGAACGUCAACGAACUCACCCCUUCCAGUCAUGCCGGUUCGUCUAGGCAGCCUCAUCACUACCCUCAGUACCACCAGUGCCAUAGCCUGCAGCAGCAGCAGGCAGCCAGCCCCAGCAGCAGUGUCAGCAGCGGCAGCACCCACUACAACCACCAUCAUCAUCACCACCACCACCACCACCAGCAACGCCGGGAGAGCAACCCUUUCACCGAAAUAGCCAUGAGCAGCUGCAGGUACAACGGCGGCGUCAUGCGACCGCUUAGCAACCUGAGCUCGUCCCGCAGGAACCUGCACGAACUGGACUCGGAGUCGCAGCCGCUCCAGCAGCCGCUCCAGCCGCCGCUCGCCAGCCCCGCCGCCUCCGGCACCCCCGCAGCCCCGGAGAUUGUGGUUUCCAAGCCCGAGCACAACACUCCAACAACCUGGCGCUCUACGGCUCCUCCGGUCCCGGCCCCGGCCCGGGCAGCACCAACAACGGCGGGGGCAAGUCCAAAGAAGAAGAAUCAGAACAUCGGCUACAAGCUGGGGCACCGUCGAGCACUCUUCGAAAAGCGCAAGCGCCUCAGCGACUACGCUCUCAUUUUCGGCAUGUUCGGUAUCGUCGUCAUGGUCAUCGAGACCGAGCUUUCCUGGGGCGCCUACACCAAGGAAUCACUGUAUUCUCUCGCUCUGAAAUGCCUUAUUAGCCUCUCCACAAUUAUCCUGCUCGGGCUCAUCAUCGUCUACCAUGCAAGGGAAAUCCAGUUGUUCAUGGUGGACAAUGGAGCAGAUGACUGGAGAAUAGCCAUGACUUAUGAGCGUAUUUUCUUUAUCUGCUUGGAAAUACUGGUGUGUGCAAUACAUCCCAUACCUGGGAACUAUACAUUCACAUGGACAGCCCGGCUCGCCUUUUCUUACGCUCCUUCCACAACGACAGCUGAUGUGGAUAUUAUUUUAUCUAUACCAAUGUUCUUAAGACUGUAUCUUAUUGCCAGAGUUAUGCUUUUGCAUAGCAAACUUUUCACUGAUGCCUCAUCUAGAAGCAUUGGAGCAUUAAAUAAGAUAAACUUCAAUACCCGUUUUGUUAUGAAGACUCUAAUGACAAUAUGUCCAGGAACUGUACUGUUGGUUUUUAGUAUCUCAUUAUGGAUAAUUGCUGCAUGGACUGUCCGAGCUUGUGAAAGAUACCAUGAUCAACAGGAUGUUACUAGCAACUUCCUUGGAGCAAUGUGGUUGAUUUCAAUAACUUUUCUAUCCAUUGGAUAUGGUGACAUGGUACCUAAUACAUACUGUGGAAAAGGAGUCUGUUUACUUACUGGAAUCAUGGGUGCUGGGUGCACUGCACUGGUGGUAGCUGUGGUGGCAAGGAAGUUAGAACUUACCAAAGCUGAAAAACAUGUGCAUAAUUUCAUGAUGGACACCCAGCUAACUAAAAGAGUUAAAAAUGCAGCAGCCAAUGUACUCAGGGAAACAUGGUUAAUUUAUAAAAACACAAAGCUGGUUAAAAAGAUAGACCAUGCAAAAGUGAGGAAACACCAACGCAAAUUCUUGCAAGCUAUUCAUCAAUUAAGAAGUGUAAAAAUGGAACAAAGGAAAUUGAAUGAUCAAGCCAACACUUUGGUGGAUCUGGCAAAGACUCAAAACAUCAUGUAUGACAUGAUUUCUGACUUAAAUGAAAGAAGUGAAGAUUUUGAGAAGAGAAUUGUUACUCUGGAAACUAAACUGGAAACUUUAAUUGGUAGCAUUCAAGCUCUCCCUGGACUGAUUAGCCAGACAAUCAGCCAGCAACAGAGGGAUUUCCUCGAGGUUCAGAUACAAAAUUACGAUAAGCAUGUUGCCUACAGUGCUGAACGAUCACGAUCUUUGUCAAGAAGAAGGAGGUCAUCCUCCACAGCACCACCAACUUCAUCAGAGAGUAGCUAGAAGAGAAUAAUUUAACCACAAAUAAAAGACUUUUUUGCCAUCAUAUGGUCAAUAUUUUAGCUUUUAUUGUAAAGCCCUAUGGUUCUAACUGGUGUUAUCUGGGUUCUGAUGUCAGAAUCCUGGAAACCUGAACACAUUUUAGGCCAAAAUGAGUGAAAAUUUUUUUUCCUUCCCCCCUCCUACUCUCAGAUGCACAGUGAAUGCAGCUAUUAUUCCUGCAAUUUCACUAACUUUCUAUUCAUGCACUUCAAACAAACUUUACUACUACAUAUAUAAUGUAAUAAAGUUACUUUCUGCAUAUAGUUGCUUGGUUACAUGGACUUAAUAACUUUAAAAACGCUCACAAUCAAAAGGGUUAAUUAGACAUUUUAAGAAACAAAAUUGAAGCUUAAUAAUUACAGCUCAGUAUGAAAACUAAUUCUCCAAACUUCACUUGCAGUGGAGGGGGAAAAAUACCCUCAAUAUUAAUCUAACAGUGUGCUAUAUAUGUAUAGUCAUUUUAAGAGGUCACUGACAGCUUCUAUUUCUGAAGUGAUUAAUUAAAAAUACAGUUUAUCCUAGAAAAUAUUAAGUAUGCUGUGGGUUUUUAAAAUCUUCUUAGGGCUUUUGUUUAACAUGCAUUUGUACACAAACACACACAUACACACAUAGAUAAUAUAUAUACAUAUAUACUUAUGUAUAUAAAAUUAUUUAUGCAAUGCCCAUGGCAAAGAUCUUUUAAACUGACUAUUUGUAAAGGUACUGGCAUGCAAAAGGCACAGGUGAAGUCUGGCUCUUUAUUCAGAGGCUCAAAAUUCUACCAGUCAAUUAUGUCUAGACAGAAGUGUUGCUUUCAAGCUAGAAGUCUCCCAUCAAUUCUAUUAAGGUUUUGAAAGAGUUAGGUUGCUACUUUCUUCACUCCCAUGUUUGUGUUUAAUGAUUGACACACAGACUUAUAGUAUACACAACUGUGUGAUGGCAGCACAGUGUUCUGUAUACA